AAGUAUAGAGGUUGGGUAGGUGAAGAGGGACUAUAAGAGGGAGAGAAAGAGGUCGUAAGACUCGUAACCCUUUUGCUCUAUUCACAAUUUUAUUUUCUUCCCAUUAGCCCUUCUGUUCCCUGCCUCUUCUCCUCCUCUCUCUUGACACAUCACAUCAACAUCAACAUCAAUCAUCAUCAUAAGCAUACACAUAUAUUUGUCUUCUUUGGAUCGAGUUAAAUCAGUUAUGGCUUCCUCGAAUAGACACUGGCCAAGCAUGUUCAAGUCCAAACCUCAUCACCAUCAGUGGCAACACGACAUGAACUCUCCUCUCUUGCCUUCUCCUGCUUCCCACCGUUCCUCUCCCUUCUCAGGAUGUGAGGUGGAAAGGAGUCCAGAGCCAAAACCAAGAUGGAAUCCAAAGCCAGAGCAGAUUCGGAUACUUGAAGCAAUCUUCAACUCAGGGCUGGUGAAUCCACCGAGAGAGGAGAUCAGAAGGAUUAGGGCUCAGCUUCAAGAGUACGGCCAAGUCGGUGACGCUAACGUCUUCUAUUGGUUCCAAAACCGCAAGUCCCGUAGCAAACACAAACUCCGCCUCCUCCAUAACCACUCCAAACACUCCCUCCCUCCACCACAACCACAGCCUCAGCCUCUUUCCUCAGCAUCGUCUUCAUCUUCUUCCUCCUCCUCAUCCUCCAAAUCCACCAAACUACCCAAAACCAAGAACAAGAAGAACACCAACAACACUAAUCUCUCUUUGGGUGGUAGUCAAAUGAUGGGGAUGUUUCCGCCGGAAGCUUCCUUUCUUUUUCCGGCUUCCACCGUCGGAGGGUUUGAAGGUAUCCCCGUCUCAUCUCAAUUAGGGUUUUUUCCCGGUGAAAUGGUCGAGCAACCCAAACAGGCUCCUCCAACGGUGGAGCCAUGUACCGGUAUCCUCCUGAGCGAGAUCAUGAACGGUAGUGCGGGUUAUGGAACUCAUAACCAUCAACAAUUGAGUGAGAAAGAAGAUGAAGAAAUGAGGAUGAAGAUGUUGCAACAGCCUCAGAUUUGUUACGCUGCUACUAGUGAUCAAAUCAGUUCUUACAACAACAACAACAAUAACAUCAUGCUUCAUGUUCCUCCCACUGCUAGUACUACUACAACUUCAAAUCCUCUUGCUAUUGUCCCAUCAACUUUGGACCAGCUUCAAGUUCAAGCGGGUGCGAGAAUAAGGGUGUUCAUCAAUGAAAUGGAGUUUGAAGUGAGCCCGGGGCAGUUUAAUGUUCGAGAUGCAUUCGGGGAAGAGGUUGUUCUCAUUAAUUCCGCGGGUCAGCCCAUUGUCACUGAUGAAUAUGGCGUCGCUAUUCACCCUCUUCAACACGGAGCCUCCUACUAUCUGGUUUUGUUUCCUCUCUUAGCCUCUUUGUUUUUCUUCAAUUAAUAUUCAUUACAUUCACUUCAAUGGCUAGGUAGAUACCAUUGUAUGUUAAAGUAUAGUAAUAAAUCAUUGUUUAAUGGUUAUAUAAUCUUCGUUUAUAAUACUAUUUCUAUAGUAUUUUAUUUCUUCAUUGGGAUCUAAAAUGGAUAAAUGCAUGCGAGAGACAUGUUGUUUGGCUUAAUUUGGUCAAAAAUGUUGACUCAAUCUAAUUUAAUUACACACACACACCUUGCUCUUCCUUAGAGCAUUCAUUGGGGUUUCUUUUCUUUUUUAGGCCUUCGUGUUUUUUGACUUUUGUAGUAUAAAUUCGAGUAGUAACAUAUUUAGAAGAAUGUGCAUGCAUGUGUGAAUUUACAAU